GGUUAAAUGAAAACUUCAGGAAAAGCUCAGUUACCUGUUAAAUUAUUUUAUUAAAAUAGAGAUGUUAAUAUUUCUGUAAUUUGGUGAAUUUUUUUCUGUAGUUCAUCAAUGAUUGUAGAAAAUGAGGUUUUGGAAUCUGUGACUUAAGACAUGACUGUUCUUUCACAGAGUGUAUGUGCGGCUCUGCAGAUUUUUCAAUUUAAGUGGAACCAGGGGCAGGCAGGCAGUACUUUAUGUCCUUAAAUGAGAAGUUAAUUUCUUUUUUCUCUUCCUCCCCACCUCCAAUUACUGUCAUCAGUGUUACAGAACAGAGAGUUUUAACAGUCACUGAACAGCUUUUCUGAAGUUCUAUAAUUUUGCCAGGAUAAUGGGAAAAACCUAAAUGGAUGGGGAAGGAGCAGAUGCUGUGUACCUGGAUAUAUGUUAUAUCCAUGUGUGUUUAUCUGUGUAUGGCUGAUGUUACUAUAUUUCUAUAAAGACCUUAAACUGAAGCCAGAGGAAGGUCUGAGUGGGCAGAAAGACCUGGCACUACUGUUCAGACAGAGUUUCCAGUUAAUGGAGACUACUGGUGUCGAAGAUCAGUUUCACUCUUGGAAAGCUUACCUGUCUCAUUCUCUCUUCUCUUCUUGAGACUGGAAAGAGUUCUGACAAGGAACGUCUGUGGGAUUAAGAUUACUCCCUCCUUCACACUCUCUGUUUUGGUGGUCUGCAUGGUCCCUGUUUUAACAGUUUUAAGGGUGAUAUUGGAGGUGUAAGAACUUAACUUUACCGGUUAUUCCGCUUUUAGAUUUGCAUGAAGAAUAUGUCUGGAAGUUGAAGUUUCUUGUAGUUGUAUUAACUUUUCUGAAGCUAACCUGCCACAGCUGUUUCUGUGCACCUGCCAGAGAACUUUGUUAGCCAAGUUGUGGCUAGCACCCUAAGGAGAAACCUUCUCCUCACUUCUGCAGUGAAAAACAUGUAUGUGUCUGGGAAACUGCCCUGACUCCGUCUUGCCGUAUUUAGCAUGUCCACCAUGGUGUCUCUCUAUAAGCUGUGGUGUCUUUCUGGGCUACUUUUAUUGCUUUUAGUACUUAUCCUCCAAUAGCAAUACUAAUCUGAUGCAUUCUGGCCAGUGUGCAUCUGAAUGUUGCUAACGCAGUGGGAUAAAACUGUUCUAGUUUAGUCUUCUUGGGCAUGGUGGAAGCAUUGACUGUCUCUGCACAGGCAGGAAGAACGCUGAAUUGGUAAUAUUAUCUUUCAGAACAAAAGGACUAAAAGUACAUUUUUAAAAAGAUAGUUUCAAUUAGUCGCGUUGCAGGCCUAAAUUGCAAUCAUUGUGGUAAUCUGGGGACUUGAAACUGGGAAGCAAGAUUUAACACACAAAGGUCAACUGCUUUUGUGGCCAGUCGCAUUUAAUGUUACUGACAGGCUUGAUCAGUUAAACCAGCUAAGUGUUAGCUUCAGUCUUCCGGAAGUUGAAGUUCAUAUCUUCACUGACUUUACUUCUGCUUCUUCCUAAAGGUUCAUUUGUACUUCUUGUGAUGGUUUCUGCUCACAGUCCUUCCAUUUCUCCUGGAUUUUUAUUUAAGAAUGUAGUGCUUCUUCUGGUAAAAGCAGGAACAAGAACAACUGGUUUUCUGACAGAAGUGAGCUAACAUAAUGCUGGUGUCUGUUGGAGGGCCUGACCUGUUUUUCAGCUACCGGAAAAAUGGGGAGAAAUAUUCCUGUUACUUUUGUGGAGGCAUUUUAACAAGACUAUGAUUUCUGUCCCCUAGGUGUCUGUUUAUGGCCACUGCCAUAAACAGGAGAAUUUAUAAGGAGAAAUUAUACUAGGCCAAGCAGACCAUUUUUCAGACUCAGUAUGACUGCUGUUACAUUCUUCAUCUGAAAUUAUUAAAGUUAAGCCCAAAUGACGAUAGUAAAAUUAAACUUUUGUCUUUGAAAUUCAGGUUGAAGUCUUCUAAUACGUUAAAAAAAUUACUCAGGUUUGAAAAGAGAGGAAGGCUAAGCAGGUGUGCAAAGAGAUGUGAACUGGCUGUGACUUUGACUUCCCACAGGUGGCUGUGGAAUUGUGCUUGGAAAUAAAUGUUGCUUUUCCACCCCCUGUCCUUAUUUUGUCAACUUUGUAGCAGCUCUGUGUGCAAAUAUGUAUCUGUAUACAAAAAUUUCAUGAAUAUUACUGUUACAUUUUGAUAGUUCACUAACUCUUAAGAGAAACCAGCUACUCUUAAGAAUUUUUUUUUUUGUGCAUAGCGUUGACAGCUGCCAGAAUUCUUUCUCCUCUGAUGAUCUACAUAUGUUUUCAGUGAUUCUUCUUUUAGAUUGCUUGCUUUUGAUUUAGCUUCUUUUUCUUCUGUGUGUUUAAUUUCAAGCAUAGGGUAGGAAAAUUGCAGAGUGAAUUUCUACUUAUGUCUUGUAGGUAACUAUUAUCAAAAUGGGUGUUUCUAAAAGAAAAAAAAAAAGAAAAGAUGCCUCUUCUGUCAUGUUUUUCUCUCCAAAAAAGAUUUUCUGCUUCUGUAGAAGAAAGAAGUUGUCAUGAAUAUCUGCUCUUUUAUUCAUAGCACCUGUGACAUCUGAAAUCUUUCUACUUCUAAAUAGAUUAUUAAUGUUAUUUUGAAUUCUUGUUUUUCUAAGCUGAAAUUCUUACUGUCUUCUAAUGAUUUUUUAUUAUAAGCCUCUCAGAACGUUGAACAUGCUGCUUGAACAGCAUGUUUGUGGGGUUGACUCACUGAAAAUAAGUUUAUAAAAGCAAAUUGGUGAAAGCCACGUAGCAGAAUAGUGAUUUGCCUCUGUGCUUGGGAAGUGGUAUGUCCAUGUGUCUGAACAUUAUUUUGUCUGCCUCACCAACACAGUUGUCCAUCUCUUUUCUCUGCUUGCAGUUUGGAAGAGUUUUGUGUUAUAUCUUUGAAUCACAGAAUCAUUAAGUUUGGAAAAGACUUCCAAGAUUGUUGGGUCCAACCUUUGACUGAACACCAUCAUGUUUGAUUAACCAUAGCACUAAGUGCCAUGUCCAUCAGUGUCUUGAGCACUGCCAGGGAUGGUGACUUUACCGCCUCCCUGGACAGCCUGUUCCAGUGCUUAACAACCCUUUCACCAAAAAAAUGCAGAAAAGCUGGCAGCCCGCAGCUUGGACAAGUGCACACUUCCCUGGGUUGAGAACUAUCUGCAUGGGCAGGCCCAGAGAGUGAUGGUGAAUUGUGCUGCUGCAUCCAGUGGGUGUCUGGUCACUAGAUAUGUCCCCCAGGGAGGAGUGUUGGAUUUUGAUCUGUUGGAGGGCAGGAAGGCCCUGUGGAGGGACCUGGACAGACUGGAUCUAUGGACCAGACCAGCGACAUGAGGUUCAUCAUGACCAGCUGCUGGUCCUGCACUCGGGAUACAGCAACCCCAUUCAGUGCUACAGGCUGGGGGCAGAGUGGCUGGAAAGUGGCCCAGCGAGAAAGGUCCUUGGUGUGCUGGUUGACAGCAGCUGACCACGAGCCAGUGUGUGCCCGGAUGGCCAGGAAGGUCAAGGGCAUCCUGGCCUGUAUCAGGAAUAGUAGUUCCUGCAGGGCCAGGGACUGGUGAGGCCACACCUUGAGUGCUGUGCUCAUUUCUGGGCCCCUCACUUGAUAAAAGGACGUGGAGAUACUGGAGAGUGUCCCGUGAAGGGCAACAAGGCUCAUGAACGGAUUAGAGAAUGUGUCUUGUGAGGAGUGGCUGUGGGAGCUGGCUUUGGUUAGUCAGGAGGAGGCUCAAGAGGGACCUCAUUGCUCUUUACAGCUCCCUGAAAAGAGAUUGGAGUGAGGUAUGGGCUGGUCUCUUCUACAGUGCCUGCAGCGAAAGAACACAUGGACGUGUUGUUAAGCGGAGGCAGGGUAAAUUCAGAUCAGAUAACUGAAAAAUGUUUUUACUGUUAGGGUGGUCAGGCAUCAGAGUAGGUUGCCCAGUGGGGUAGUGCAGUCGCCAUCCCUGUUUCAGAGGCAUCUGCACCUGGUGCUGGGUGACAGUUUAGUGGUUAUGGGGUUACAGUGGUGCUGCCUGGGUUGAUGGUGGAACUGGGUGACUGUAAAGGUAUCUUCCAAACCAGGUGACUCUGAUUCUAUGAAAUGUGUUCAGAUAAACUGAAUUUCAUGUUUCAGGGUGGUAGAAUUUUAUCUGAAUAGGCCAAAAAAACAUCUUUCCCCUCAUGUCCAUCACAGUAUGGUCAGUUUGGUGGAUGGUAGGAAACGUUGCCUUCCUCUGAGGAAUCAAGCAUUGGCUGCUUUUAGGUGGAAUUCAUGAACUUGCAUGGAAAAUAUAAUUGUGCCUCAGAGCUUGUGUUCUCUAAGAAAUUAUAAGGAACUGAAAAUAUAAAACACUGCACUUCUGUCUUUAAUUAUGAUAAAAGUAAAUAUUAGUAGGGAAAAGUAUGAAUUGUAAGGAAACUUAUUCUGUUCUUGUUGUCUUUGGUAAAAUGAACUAAGAAGAGGUUACUGUAGCUUUAUGAAAGCUUAGUUUUUUUGCUUUCUGAAAACAAAACCUGAAUAUUUUCACUGUGGUGUCAGUUCUUGCCCUGCUCAAGGAUAAGCCAAAAAGUGUUUCAUGACAAAAGUAGUUCAAGGUAAUUAGUGCCUUGUUUCUUUAAAUUAAAUUAGAAGUGCAAAAAUAAAACUCAAGUAAAUCUCAAGGUGAAGAAAAUCUGAAAUUUUACCUUGCCUCUUUUGUCUUUCUUGAUGUUCUAAACAAGUAGAUAUUUUUAUCAUGUAGAAUCCAAAUAUACUCCCACAAUGUUCUUUCCAGGAAAUCAGUUGUAUGGAGACCUCAAAUACCUGUGAUUGUAGUGGAAUUGACUUUGCUUUUUGUAUUCAUAAAGAUUUUCAUGUAAAGCUCUUUGACAAAGAAGAGCCAAUAGGAACUUUAUGUUUAAGAGCAAAUUUUUUUUUUAAUGUGUACUGUUCUAAAUUUAUGAAUACUCUUGAGCAUUGACUGUUGUAAUUGGAGCACCAUUUAUUUUUUUUUACAGCUAUAAUUCAGGGUCUUCUAAUGUAUCUGCUUGGACCCUCAUUCUCCAAAACUGCAUUUAAUUCUACUAGCAGACAUACAGGGCUAAGUCGUUGGUACUUAAAUGUUUUCAUGACAUGAAAUAUCUGCGUACUCUUGACUUUCAAACAGUGCAAAACCAAAAAGGGUUUUUUUAAAAAUGCAAUGGUUUGUAAAUUUUCAGUCAAUUUCCAAGGGUUGUGACAUCUUUUCCAACCAAAAGAGGCAUUACUCGAAUUUACUCUGUAAUUCCAGUCUGUGUGUUUCUUACCAGGUUUCCUUUCAAGCUGGAGACAAUUGCAAAUGUCCUCCUUUAUCAGUUCUCAAAUCUUUUCUUCUUUACAGCCUCUAAAGAUAUAUCUGUUUUCCCCAUGGCUUUCCCUGAAAUUACACAAAAAAGACUUAAUAUUUUAAAGUCAGAAGGGAAAGGAAAAAGUCCUUGCAGCCAGUUUAUAGAUUAACAGUAAAAACAUUUUGUACAGAACCGACUUAAAGAGCUCAGCGAAGUCUUGGAUUGAUAUAAGGAUUGCAAAAAGGAAUCAGUUUGUGAUGUUUCUUUUGGUGGUCUGCUCCAGUUCCUGUGCUCUCUUCUUCAUUUAUAUGGUUGUACCUGCCCACCAAGGAAAGAUUUAUUGAUAUUAAAGUAGAUUGGAAUUAUUUAGAGCCCUAUUAAAACUUGCUAUUUUAAUGCAGGUACAUUUGUACUUUGAUCAGUCAUCUUAACACAGUGACAGUCACUUGUCUACAUAGGUAAAAAUCAGGAGGCAAGAUUGAACAGUUUCUUGUUUUAGCAAUCAGGAAUAUUGCCUGGUUUAUACUGGAGGUGCCUUAUCACAAGCUGUCUGAUAUAUCAGCCUGGGGAAACUUCAGAAUAAUCACCUGUUUGCUUCUUUUUGUAUUUUACUUUGUCUUCUUUACAUUGAAAUUAGUUGCUUUCUGUCAAACUUCACAUAAGUGUUUCCUUUCAAUUUGUUACUGUCCAGAAACUUCUCAAACAAAGACUGCAAACAUUAAGACUGUAAACAUUCUAACUGCACAAAAAUAGCAUUUUUCCCCCCAUUCUAAUAGGCAAGAAAACAAGGACACUCUAACUUUUGUGGUUACUAAGAUACUGCCUCUGCAAGCUUUUUGCUUAUUUUGUAACAUCAGGAAGGUGUUAGGGUUUGAGUUUUACAGUUUUUACUUGUAUAAAAUAAAAAAAAAUCAUCACUACUGUCAAAGAUUUUGGUAGACAUUUUGCCAGUGUUUGUCAGAUUGGAAUGGUUUUAACAAUCUUUUGAAUUUUGAUUGUUUUGGAUUCAUCAGCCUAAAAGUCAAACCUGAAGUUGCUUAUCUUUUCUUUUAGGCCAGUUUUCUCAGUACAGGAAACUGCCUCUUCUGUGUUCUUUGGGAAGUUCUAUUUUGAACAAGAAACCUCUGUGAUGUUUCAGUAGAUCUAAUAACUUGUCUAGAAAAACCUCUGUAAAUUUGGAAACCUUGAUUUUUCCAAGAAGUGAACCUUUAAUAUUUAUCUCUUGAAUUCUGCAUUGACUACCUGGUAUUUUGGCCCUGUCAUGUCUCUGUGUCUAGAGCAGAUGAGAAUACAAACAUUAUCAAUUUCUUUGAUAGCUGACAAGUCAAGAGACUUGUCAGUUAAAGCCAGGUGAAACUGCAGGGAACUCUCUUAGGCUGCUGAGUCACUUUUAAUAAUUCAGUUUUAUUGAAUUUGACAUUAAAAGAUUAAACACUCAUGAAUGGAGCUUGAAUCCUCAUAAUUUUUAGAAGAAAAUGAGAUGUGAUAGAUACUAACACAGUUUUUAUUUAUAAUUGCUCCUGGGGAUGGGUGCUUUUAUUUAGGGUGAGACUGGAGAGCUGGAAAGUUUGGAUCACUUUGUAGCCACUCCGUACCUGCUAUAGACAGAUGUGUGAUUAAAGAAAUAUUUUACUGACAGAUCUUUUUUGAGGUUUCUUCUCAGUGAUGGCAUUGUCAGUAAGUGAUGCUGUGUUAAGGAAGGCAUGCAAGAGGUCAGUAUUGUAGCAGCAGAACACUACUGGCAUCUUCCUUCUAUGGGCCAUUGUCUGAACUGUUUUUGAUCAGAACAGAUACCCGUUCCCCUCUGGCUUCCUGGGACACACAGUCUAGAUUAAUCAGAAUGGUUAUUUAUUAUUUAGAAAUAUUCAUAAAAUUAGAUGAAGCCUUAAGUAUUUUUGUGGGAUUUUUUUCUCCAUUUUGUUUUUCCUUAGUGUUCUUUUCUGGUCUUAUAAAACUUCUGUUGUUCUUUUCUGGUCUACUUUUGAUGUCAUUGCCCAGUAUUUUUAAACACCUGUGUUAUAUCAGCUACUGCUAUUUUUAUAUCAUAAACAGUUUAUAGUUGCAUUGAAUGAGACUAGGGUAGUCAACGAUUAAUAGUUAAAUUACUUAAAUUCUACAGGUUUAGUAAACUUGACAACUUAGAUGAUUCUUGAUAAAGGUUUACAUCCCCUUUGAAUGAAAAUGUGUGCAACAAAAGGAGAAAAUACAAGGUACUUUACCAUACAUUUUACAGUACUAAAAAGUGUAUAAGAUGAUUUAAUUUUCAUGUUUUUAUCAUCAUAAAACUUUGUUAUUCUAGUUUUGGGGCAUUAACUGAAGAAUGGAGCUCAAAUUCUGAUCAGUUUUUCCUAGGAGUUUUGGUGCAGUUUGUAGCAUAUCCUUGAAUUACUGCAUUUCUGAUGUUCUUAGAGUUAUUAUCUUUUCAAAUAGGAGCUUGAGAACUAUAGAAACAAGCAGAGGCAUAUUCACAUCCUACUUCUGUGCAUGGAUGUUGACACAAUAAUUAUAAUUUUAUAUUAAAUUUUAUAUUAGAUUUUAUAUUAAAAAAACCCAUGCCUCCGUAUAAGCACCACUGUUGAACCUGGUCAGUUUUUACUAGGUGGAAUUAAUUUGAUCAUCCAUGUAGAAUAGUAUUGAAUAUUUGUGAUUGCUAAAGUAAUUUAAUGCUCUUUAUACAUUCAUAUUUUCCUGUAUCUGUUUACAGUAGAUAACUGAAGACUUACUUGUUCUUUCCCAUGAUAAUUCCAGAGCCACUAAUACAGUAUGGCUGUUCCCUCAUGAUUUUUGCUUCAUGCUCUUUUUAACUCUUUGCAGUGGUAAUCUGUACUCUGUGACAAGUGUAAUUAAGAGAUCAAGCUAGAGUUGUAAUGAAAACUGGAUCAAUUGGAGAUGUUACUGUUAGGACAGGAAAAGAACUCCUCACUUUUUCCAGGUGCCUGUUGAUACCAUGUUUCACUCACUGCUUCGCUCUCUGCUUUCAGUUUCCCUUGCAUAAGAAAAUGUAUAGAAACUGUCAAUAACCCGAGAUCUUUCACCCUUCUUACCACACUGAGUAGUAGAGGACAACUUAUAUCUGUGUCUUAACAUCUGCAGAUCACUUAGAUGAGAGACUUUAGGAUAAUAGCUGUUGGUUGCUGCUUGUAUAGCAGGAACACCAAUGGCCAGGCAGUGGAAGGGCAUCCUCUUAUGGACAAUUCAUGCUGAUCUGGUUUUGUGUGUGUGCAGAGGCAGUAACUGAUACAGCUUCCAGCUGGGGAUUUCAGGGCUCAGAGUUUCCAAACUUUUCUAGUAGUUUCUUAUUCCUAUGAAGAAGAUGGCACUUGUAUCUCUAGCAAGUGGUGAAAUGUGGCAGUGAUAAGUGGGAGAUAACAGUCGACCAAUGCCCAUGUUCUCUGUGUUUGUCUUCAGCAUAUUUAAAGCUGAUACUUCUAAAGGCAUUCACACUUUUAUGACUGCUUUUGAUUUGGGAAUGAACAGAAAGGGAGUAUUUCAAGCCAGAGUAUUUAAGCAUGCCUCUCAUGUUAUAGUCCUGAUGGAGUCACCUCAAAUGGGAAUAUUUUUAAAAAAAUGCUAAUCAGGCCAACAAAAAUCUUUCAAGAAGGACAGUUGUGGGAGGAGAAAUUAAGAGGGAGAAGAAAUUAGACCUCUGCUCUAGUAACAGUGUGAAGUUGCUUUUCUCCUGUUUCAAGUCACAGAACAUUCAUUUGCAGCUAAUCAGCUCAUAUUUUAGCCCAAUAGUGUACAUGAUAUUUUAUACUGAAAUCUCAAGAGAGAAACAUGUAUCAGUUAUCUUAGUUGUGUGCCUGUUCUUCUAAUUAGGAUACUGAUGAGGUGUUCCUGCCUGUUUCUGAUAUGCUUAUACUGCAUACUGGUAGGUCUGUCUUUUAGCUUCUUUGCUUGAUAUUAUAUCCACAGGAAAUCAAUAUACACGAGAUUGUCCUGUGAUCAGAAUGGGAUUUUUCAAUUACUGCAUUCUUGGGCUAUAAAUAGCCUUUUUAUAUUAGUUAUGUUAUGAUAACUCCUGUUACUGAUUACAUUAAGACUUCAUGUUUAUGAACAGCUGCAAGCUCUUGAUAAUGGCACAGAAAUGGUAUCAGCUGUUGAGAAACAGGCUGGAAGUUUGCAAGAAUUUAUUCUCAUAAUUGCUGGAAUUCUCUGCUAUGUAGUGAGAGGGAAGCCCAUGCAAUACGAGGGUUUUCUUAAAUAACUCGGCUGACAGAACUUCGUCAGUGUGCUUUUUUAUCAGGCUUGAACCUAUUGAUCACAAAAAUAGGCAGCUGAAAAGCUUUGCGAGGAGCACGUGUAACAAUGCUUUAAGAUCCCCCCAGUUUGUGAGGAAAACUGGCGAGGAUGGAAAGCUUCAUUCUGUUCCUUGUGGCUCAUACUCAGUGAAUUUCCUAGGCACAUUGUAAUGUCUAUGUUGCUUUACAGGAAAUACAGUCUGUUUUAGUGAAACUGCAUCUGCACCAGUCCUUACUGACCCUCCAGGAGGGUGUACUGUAUGCUCUGUGUGAAGACUAAGACCUGUUAGUUUUCUUUGUGUAAGGGACUGUAUGAGUAGAAAAACAACACCUCAAUCACUUUGAAACCUCUCUUUUGUGGGGUGGUUUUAAAGUAAGUAGUUAUUUGUCGAGUGUAUGUAAAUGUACCCGUCAAAAACCACCCUGUGUGUGUUUCUAUGGUCACAUAUUAAAGGGCUCUUCUGCCAAAGAGACAAAGUCACAGUGCCAGGCAGACAGGAGCUCUCACAAGGAAGGGCAAAUAGCACCAUGAAUAACUUACCUGAUUUACCCUGGUCUUGUGUAAUAAACUACUGCCUUAGCUCAAAGACAAGUACAAAAAAUAGCAUCAAAAUUUUUUAUAAACCUUACUGGAUUUAUGUUAUCUGGAUUUUUCUUUUUUAUCUCCAGAUGCAAAAGCUGAGUCUGAUUUGUUCUUGUUAUGUAUAAAUGCUCACAUUCCUGCAUUAUAUCUGACUGAGCUAGGAAUAGAUCAGCUCUUAUGACUCUGUAUUCAGUGCCUUAAGGACAUCACUGACCUUCCUCUUCUAGCAGGACAUGUCUAUUCCAUAUGUUGUUAUAAAACCCUUAUCGGAGUUACUAAUUUACUAAGGGCAUUUCAAUUCUUGCCCACUCCAUUUAGUCACGCUUUCUUAAGUGGCAAGAAGUAGAAGUGGUUUAUAUUUUGAAGUAUCUAAAAAGUAUCUGCACAAUGUUUUCACAACUGUAUCUGGUAGCUUAGUGACAAAAAUAGGAGUGAAAAGCUGCAUAAACAUAGUCAUUUCAGCAAGUGAGCUGGAUCUGAUUUCCUUCCUGUCUACCAGCACCAGCAAAAUUCCUUGCAGACCUGCCAGGGACAAGUGAAAUCUUUUAUCUAUAGGAAAAAAAAAUAAAGUGGUCAUAUAUGUUUCCCUGAAGGCAUAUUUGGCUUUCACAACCUUUCUGAAUCUCACAUUUAUCAAUAGAACUCCGCUUGACUUUCACGUGGUGAAGUGAUUCUGUGAGGCUUGCACUUAGAAGUUCUGUUUUAUUCCAUUUGUUUUCUUAAAUGUGUUUUUCUGAAAUUUCAAAAAAGAAAAUAUUUCUUAAUGUUAUUUUUAGUACUCUCGGAUGCAACCAUGCUUACUUUCCCUAGUAUACAUAAAUUACAGUAAUAUAUUUUUUAAAACUAAUCAUUAUUUGAAUAUUGGAUUUUUACUACUAAGUCAAAUGCAACACUUAAGUUUUUGGUUACGUUCUGAAUGGGUCUGGUCCGUUCAUCUGAUUGGAAAAGAUACAAUACAGCUAAUUUCACUGAAGAAAAUGAGCCUUUGCUUCACCUUGCAGACAAAUGGGUCAAUUUUAUUCAUAGAGCAAAAAUCUGCACAUGCUUUCAAGAGCCAAGGACCUUCAGUACCCAAGGGUAAGGAAAAAUGGCUUGGGCUAUUUUUGUUUCUUUCCCAGUGAAGUCACUAAUGCAAUGCUGCAAGUUCUACAGCUGCUAUUACCCAAACAUUUUUUCAUAAGAUCCAAGGGAAAAAGAGUAGAGGGAGUUUCUUGUCCUGGUGCUGCAAUUAUAUGAAUGUCUAAUAUUCCUUGAGUAAAACGCCCGUGGGAUUGGGCUCUGGUACCACAAGUUUUUUUCUGGCUCUUAUAGCAAAAUUUUGGAGCUAUGUUAUAGAAUUUUGAAAACAUGCUCCCACAGGAAAGAAAAACUGUGUGCCUGAAAGGUAAAAACCUAAUUGCAAACACUUGACAUUUAUCAUAGCUAUCUCUAGUAGAAAAGGAUGUUAAUUCCAAAUGUUACGUAAUUAACACUUUAAACUUGAUCUCAGAAGUACUUUUUUAUUUUAUCAAAACAAUCAUAAAGGUUUUGGACUGGAGUUGGGCAAAACUAAAAUGAAAUAAAUACCUUAAACCUAAAAGAUUAGUUGCUAUGGCUCUCUUGGUACUAUAAACUGGAUGUAAAAGGAGCCAAAGUUAAAAGUGAACCUUUAUUACAAGGCAAGGAAAUGGGUUGUUUAAUAAUAAUGCUGUAUUUUAAUUGGUUUAUGAUUUUAUUAGAAGCUCUUGUUUUUAAAGCUAGCACUGAGGAUCAAAUGUCUUUCUCUAAAGAAAUUCUCUUUGUGACUUGGCAUAAGUUUCUUAUCAGUUUUUUUCCAUCCUGUGUGUCUCAAUCAAGGACAACAGGUUUUGAAAUUUUAGGAAAAUAUUUAUCUUUACUUCCUAUUCCUUGGCAGUGUUUUAUUACUAUUUGAGAGCUGCUGGUAAAAUGCCAGUGCAAUGCAGGUUUUAGUUUUUUGGAGGGAGUCGUAUUUUUUGUAUUUAUGGUGUUUGCUCCUCUUGUUCAUAACAGAAUUUACUUUAGUAGUACUGAUUUUAGGAUUUGAGAAAGGUGAUUUAGCAUGAAAAGAGAUGCUUUUAAUUCAUAGAUUCUGAAGUAUCUCAGUGGUGCCAGAGACUUGUUAUGUAUUUGCCACCUGGAAAACUCUCAAAUGAGAAAAUCCCAUGAAAAAAAAUUGUUUAUUUUUAACUAGUCAUUGUACAGUUUCUUAAGUCUUGGAAAUGAGAUUCUUUUCUAGAUACUUUGGGAUUAAUACAGAGUGUGCUCAUUUCCACUGGGGAAAAAAGAAAGCCCUAUAAACAUGUUCUAGUGAAAUUUAGAAUGGAUUAUUGUAAUAUUUACCAAGUCAGUCCUGAAUACUUUUAGGACCUACACAUCAGGUGUAUGAUAAAUAAUAUACUUGCAGUGAUUGCCUAUGAAAUAAAGCAGCCUGCAUAUCUGACAUGUUAUUGUUCAAGAAGCUAUGAAUGCUUAAUUCAAAUAAUUUUUUUAUUAUGUCUGCAAUCUUCAGCUGCAAAAAGCAAUGUUUCUGAUAAGAACUGCUUGGUCAAGAGUUAUAAAAGAAAUUCCCAAUAUCACAGUUCUAACAUCUGUUUAAUAAUUUGGUUUACAACAGGAAUAUUGCUUAGUCAUGCUGCAUAAAAGCAGAAAAAAAUUAUGUUAUUAAGUGCAUUAUGAGACCUUUAAAAAGAAUUAAAGCUUGCUUUAUCAUUUAAGCAAUACAAAAUGUUGCCUUUUUUGACAAAGAAGGAAAGAAAAAACCCAGAUUUCCUUUUUCAAACCGUGUUAAUGAAAACAGAUUUUUUUUAAUGCAGAUAUUUGAUACCUAAAGUAGUUAUGUGAAUGGGGGUGAUCAAAAACUUGGGUUCAUAAAACAGUCUUAAAUGUCACUCCUUGUAACAUUUUAUGUGUCACUUUUUCAGGCCUUGGUUGCAUUGGAAAGGUAAUAAUUGAGUUACUUAAAGUGAAAGGGAUGUUUUGCUUCUGCUUUGAAUAAAGGCAGUUAAGAAUCAUAUCAUUAAACUCCAUGGAUUCAUUAAAUCUAUUAUUAUGCUUAGUUACUUCUCUGAAACUCAAAGUUCAGAAGCACUGAAGAAUAUUUUGUUUCCCUGGGAAAAGCCAGAGAAAAAGCCCAAGACUGUAACCAGUCUGUGUGAGGUGUUAGAAUGCAGUCUUUAAUGAUUUGGUUUUGUUUUGACAGUAAAGACAAAGCUCUUAGUGAUAGAAAUGCAUGUUGUUCUGCUUAUUUUUAUAGCCAGAGAUAGUGUGGGCAUUUCCAAGGACAGAACACAAGUUUCCAAGCUCUUUGGUUGGUUGAUUUCUAUUUUGUCCUACCCCAGUGUGUUCUGUCAUUGGCUUUGAGUAGGACUGAAUUCACAUAAAUGGAAUGACAUUUACUAGAGCCUUAGUCUUUGUGCUGACUCUCCAAUAUUUAGGCUAUGAGGAAUUAGGUUUCAAGAAAGAUUGCUAGCUACUUGGUUCUGCUUCGUGUUAUCACCUGGAUGAAGGUUAGCAAGUUCUGUGAAAAGCAGACAUGAAUUUGUCUUCCAGAAGAGUAACAUUGCCUGCAGUUAUGCCAAUAACUCUGCAGAAAAGGGUAAUCAAAGUGUAUAGUGAAGAUGAUACUAGCAGAGCCUUGGAAGUACCAAGUGAUAUAACAGCCAGGGAUGUGUGUCAGCUCUUGAUAUUGAAGAACCACUAUGUUGAUGACCACAGCUGGACUCUCUUUGAACAACUUACCCACACAGGUUUAGGAAGAGCUAUAGAAGACCAUGAAUUAGUGAUGGAAAUCCAGUCAAACUGGGUAAUGGAAGAGGAAACCAAACUGUAUUUUAGAAAAAAUUAUGCAAAGUAUGAGUUUUUUAAAAAUCCACUGAGCUUUUUUCCAGAUCAUAUGAUAUCUUUUCCAAGUGAGACCAAUGCAGCUCUAAGCCACUCUGGGAUUUUACAGAUGUUCCUUAGCUCCAGCACAUAUCCUGAGAUUCAUGGUUAUUUGCAUGCAAAGGAACAGGGGAAAAAAUCAUGGAAAAAAUUGUACUUUCUUUUGAGAAGAUCUGGCCUUUAUUUUUCCACUAAAGGUACAUCUAAGGAGCCAAGGCAUCUGCAGUUUUUCUGUGAAUUCAGCAAUAGUGAUAUGUACAUGUCUUUAACAGGCAAAAAGAUUUCUGGAGCACCAACAAACUAUGGAUUCUGCUUUAAGCCUAACAAAUCAGGAGGAACCAGAGACCUGAAACAGCUCUGUGCAGAUGAUGAACAAAGUAGGACCUGUUGGAUGACAGCAAUUAGGUUACUCAAGUAUGGGAUGCAGCUGUAUCAGAAUUACAUGCAACCAUAUCAAGGUAGAAGUGGCUGCAGCCCUUUGAAUAUAACACCUAUGAGAAGCAUUUCAGAAAAUUCUUUAGUAGCAAUGGAUUUCUCAGGACACAGAAGCAGAAUUAUAGAAAAUCCAACAGAAGCCCUUUCAGUUGCGGUUGAAGAAGGAUUAGCAUGGCGGAGGAGAGGGUGUCUCCGACUCAACUCGCAUGGUAGUCCUAUUGCCAUGUCUAACAUGGCUAUACACAGAUCUCAGUCAUGGUUUCAUCAUAAAAUCUCUAGAGAAGAGGCUCAGAGACUUAUUUUGCAGCAUGGACUUGUAGAUGGGGUAUUCCUGGUACGCGAUAGCCAAAGUAAUCCCAAAACAUUUGUAUUGUCACUGAGUCAUGGAUUAAAAAUAAAACAUUUUCAAAUUGUACCAUUGGAAGAUGAUGGGAAGCUAUUUUAUACCCUCGAUGAUGGUCAUACCAGAUUUACUGAUCUCAUCCAGCUAGUGGAAUUCUAUCAACUUAAUAAAGGAGUGCUGCCUUGCAAGUUAAAACACUAUUGUGCACGGAUUGCUCUUUAA